AUGGCGAACACGUUCGAACACACAAAUGUGACGACAAGGGAAUUUACAUUUCAGUACUUGCAACAAAUUACAAAUAAUUUUUCUCAGGAACACAUAAUUGGUCAAGGUGGGUUUGGAGUAGUUUACAAGGGAGUUUUGCACAAUGGGGAAGAGAUUGCUCUCAAAAAGCUCUAUUGGAAGCCAGAUAUUGGUGACGCGGAAUUUAGGAAUGAGUUUACUAACCUCAUGAGGGUCCAACAUCCAAAUAUUACCCGGUUGGUUGGCUACUGCUAUAAUCUAGGAGAACAACACAUUGAGUACAAUGGCAAAAAUAUUUGUGCUGAUGUCGAAGAAAGAGUCCUCUGCUUCGAAUACUUGCCAGGAAGCCUUGACAAACAUAUUACCGAUAUAUCGGUCGGACUCGAUUGGUGCACACGUUUCAGAAUCAUUAAGGGAGUCUGCGAGGGCUUAAAUUACCUUCAUAAUGGAGCCAAAGAUCCCAUUUACCAUCUUGACUUGAAACCUGAGAACAUAUUGCUGGACAAGGACAUGAUUCCCAAAAUUGGAGAUUUUGGAUUGUCAAAACUCUUCAUUUCAACACAAACCAAGGACGCAAACAAAUUUACAGGAACACUUGGAUACAUGCCGCCAGAAUACAUAGAUAGAAGUGAAAUCACAUCAAAGUUUGAUGUAUUCAGUUUGGGUGCUAUCAUUUUACGGAUAAUGACAGGAAAGGAGGGUUACUCCAGACCAGAAAUGUCUACACAACAUUUUUCUGAGCAUGUAAAUGAAAACUGGGAAAGGCGGCUGCAGGCAACAAUGUCAUCGUUUAAAUCAGAGGAAGUCAGGACAUGUAUCAAAAUAGCCCUGAGGUGUGUUGAGGUCGAUAGUGAGAAAAGACCUACUAUAGCCGAGAUUGUUGAUGAACUGAACAAUGUUGAUACCACAAAAAGUCCGCCUACAGGACAGGUCACCAGCUCCCGAAGCAAGCAUGCCUUAAGCAAAAGCUCACAUUCAGAGCACCGAGGCAGGAUCGCAUUUUCUACCACCUACAGGCCCCCGGUGCCAUUGGACAUCUUCUCCUGCCCAUUGUCCCCUUCGUCCACUGAAAAAGAGCUCCUCCUCACAGAUGGCAUUUCUUACAACUACAAUGGCCGUUCCAUCCCCCCUGCCGCGUUGAAGACCCUUCUGAAGAACCCCAAGGUGGCAAACGAGAUUGGAGCCACCAAUGCAGAUGUCGAUGCCGGCCACGUCUCAGGCCUCAUCUUUGUCUCUGAAAGGGAUGACGGCCUAGAGACGUUGUACAUCGCAUUGCGCUUCAGCAAGGUCAAGGUCUUUGCCCUUGCUGACAUCUUCGGUGCUGCCGACUUCUGCGGCGCACGCCUGGAGGAUAGUGGCUGCAUUGGCGGUGGCUGUAGUGUGAGGUCUCAAACAAUCGAUCACUGUCUCAUUUACAUCUCCACCAAGGAACCGGUGCAGAAAAGCCGCAAUCCUUGGACGGCCGUGUAUAGAACUUACCUUACAACAGGCAAGACGGAGCGCCUAACUCCACCAGGGGAGUUUGACUUGAGCCCAUCCGUGUCGCCAUCCGGGAAGAAGGUUGCAGUGGCCAGGUUCCGAUUGGAGAGAUGGGACGACGGCGAGAUUGAAAACCUUAAGACUGACAUCUGCAUCAUGAAUGUGGAUAGAAAGAAAUGUGCUGGUCUUGGCCGCAUGAUAGUACUUAGGCAAGCUGGCUGGCCAUCCUGGGGCAGCAACAACAUCAUCUUCUUCCAUCGAUGCGUCAUGAAAGACCCAAGCAUCAAGAACGACAGAACAUCUUGGGGCGUGUUCCAGUACAACAUCAGCACCAAAAAGACCAUCCGAGUGACUCAGAAAGAAUUAGAUGCGGUGACCCCAGCGGCCAUCAGCGAGACCAAGGUAGCGGUGGCGACCAUUCGCGAGAAGUUUGUGUCCGGCCAGAGUGCCCGCACAGAGGAACAGUACCGGCACAUUGAGAUCUUUGACACAGACAUGCUUGAGCUGCCGCCAGUGCGCAUCACCCAUAAGAUGAGGCCAAAAAGUGACCACUACAAUCCCUUCGUGCUAGACGGUGGGGAGCGCAUUGGAUACCACCGCUGCUUGAGUGAGCACCUGCGGCAUGGAGACCGUGUCCAUCGGAAUUUGUACAAGCUGGAGUCCCCGGUGGAGGACAUCGGCUUAUAUCGGGUGUCUGGUAUGUCCCCCACCAUCUCCAUGGACGGCUCCAAGCUCGCCUUCGUCGACAAUGAGUUCAAGGCAGUGUGGGUCGCUGACAGCCAAGGGCUGCGUAUCGUGUUCAAGAGUGAAGGAGGCUCGGGGAGCGUCUUCUCCCCUGUAUGGAACCAGAACCCUGCCAAGGAUAUCCUCUACGUCUGCGUCGGCCCCUCCUUCCAUUCGACCGAGCCGCUGGAAAUUUACGCCAUUCAGAUCGGUAACCACUCUGACAUGGCGCAUCAGCAGAUUGAAAGACUCACUCAUGGCGGGUUCAACAACGCGUUUCCGUCGAGCAGUCCAGAUGGGAACAACGUUGUCUACCGGUCAACAAGGGACGGGCACAAGAACUUGUACAUAAUGAAUGGGGGCAUAGGGAUUGAUCAGAAGACUAUGCGGCUGACGGCUGGGCCAUGGACAGACACUCACUGCCAGUGGUCCCCGAAGGGGGACUGGAUCGCGUUUGCGUCGACGCGCGACACUCUGUCAUUGGCUGCCUAUACCGACUUUGGCCUUGACCUGGGGUUCUUCUCGGUGUACCUGGUUAAGGCGAGUGACCCGAUGGUGGUGAUCAGGGUAAUUGGCAGCGGGGACAUUUACAGCGGUCAUGUAAACCACCCGGUGUUCAGCCCUGACGGGAGGAUCAUCGCCGUGACUGCAGACCUGGCGGCGGUGUCGGUGGACCCGAUCUCACUGCCCUGGUAUUUACAUGCAGUGCGGCCCUACGGCGACAUCUUCCUGGUGGACAUCGACCCAGACGAAGAGAAGAACAGAGACGUGAAGGUGUUCCGCCGGAUGACACACAGCAGGUACGAGUGCCGGACUCCGGCCUGGACGUCCUUGUUCACGACGCCAGCACACGCGCAGUGGAACAUGUUGCUGAAAUUUGAGGACACCCGGUACAAACCGGUGUGUCCGUACAUCUACCCAGACGGAGGCGAGAGCUGGCACAUGACCGGCCACCUCAGCAUGGCCACGCUUUGGCAUCGCUGA